AUGGGGGCAUGGGACCCCAUUCACAUGUAUUUAUACAUUGCAGAUGGAAAUGAGGGGAUGAAGCAUGGAAUGUGCAUAAACAGACCAGAGUCAUUACCAAUGAACACGAAAACAAGAUCACUUGUUCUUGUGAACCAUUUCCCGGAUGCCCCUGAAUUCCUCACAGCUUGCAGACAUAACCCGGCUCCUCUCAUGGGCGCUGUCAAAGCAUGUUAUGAGGCAUCCGGACAACGUUGGCCCAACUUCAUCUCCGUUGAUUUCUAUAAGGUGUGUUGUAAAAGUGAUGGAGGAGGAGCUUCACAAGCAGUAGAUGUUGCAAAUGGUCAUCUUGUUUGUGGUUGCGACAACAUUGCUGCUUGCAUGGAGAACAUGACGAAGGGAACAUGUGCAAAGCAAGAAGCAUCAGAGCAGAGUGCACUCGUGACAAUUGCUAAACUAACUGCCCAAGCUUCGAAUACCAAACCGGCCCAACUUUAUAUAAACAUUAGUCUUAAUCACUCAGAAUAG